AUGAAGCUUACUGCGUCUAUUCUUUUCUCGCUGGCGAGCGUCACCCCGCUGGUCUCGGGGCACUACGUUUUCUCCAAGCUCAUUGUCGACGGUAAACCGACCCAGGACUUUGAGUACAUCCGCAGGAACACCAACAACUACAUGCCGACCCUCCCCUCCGAGAUCCUCAGCAAUGACUUCCGCUGCAACAAGGGCUCGAUGCAGUCCGCCGCCAAUACCAAGGUAUACAAGGUGGCCCCCGGCACGGAGCUCGGCUUUCAGCUUGCGUACGGCGCCGAGAUGAAGCACCCGGGUCCUCUGCAGAUCUACAUGUCCAAGGCUCCCGGCGACGUCAGGUCGUACGACGGCUCCGGCGACUGGUUCAAGGUCCACCAGGAAGGGCUCUGCGCCGACACCUCCAAGGGGAUCAAGGACGAGGAUUGGUGCACAUGGGGCAAGGAUACCGCGUCUUUCAAGAUCCCCCAAGACACGCCGGCCGGACAGUAUCUUGUCCGCGUGGAGCAUAUUGGCCUGCACCGAGGCUUCCUCGGCGAGGCCGAGUUCUACUUCACCUGCGCCCAGAUCGAGGUGACGGGUUCGGGGUCGGGAUCGCCGAGUCCUACCGUUAAGAUCCCUGGAGUGUACAAGCCUGAUGACCCGAACGUCCACUUUAACAUCUGGUAUCCUACUCCUACGGCGUACAGCCUCCCCGGCCCGUCCGUCUGGACUGGUGGCUCGGCAGGAGGCGCCAGUCCUACUGCGCCGGCUGUCAACAACAAUGCUGUUCAAGCCGCUCCCACGACCAUGACGACUGUCUCAUCCCCAGCCAACCCAACUGCAGGAGCAGAGGCAGAAGCAGAUUGUGGUAGCUCAGAAUCUUCGUCCGCUGUGGCCCCGGAGGGCACCCUCAAGAAAUGGGAACAGUGCGGUGGUCUGAACUGGACUGGUUCUGGCUCGUGUGAGGCGCGCACUACCUGCCACCAGUACAACCCUUACUACUACCAGUGUAUCUAG